AUGAGGAACUUUAAUAAGCUUACAGUAGAUUUAAUCUCCAACAUCUUAACACGUUUACCAGCUGAAACAGUUCUAGACUGCAAGUUAGUCUCCAAAUCCUGGAAUAAAGUGAUCAGUCAUCAAUCCUUUUCUCAAUCUCACCUGAAUCGUUGCCUCAACAAUCUUGAUUCUGCUGGUGCUUCUGAUGGUAAGUUUACCUUCCUUUUUGUGAAUAAUAAUCCACUUUAUGCAUACAGACAGUUUCAUUACUUGGAAUAUGCUGAGAAUUCAUCUUCAGAGGAACAACCCUUUCAUAGAAUUACAAGAAUGAAACUAAACCCUGCUCCAUUUAAGCAUUACAGUGUUACUGGUUGCUGUAAUGGUUUAGUUUGUCUUAAUGGGUGCUAUGAUAAUGAUGGGGAGAAUUAUGAACCUGUUUAUAUCUGUAAUCCCAUCACAAGAGAAUGUGUGUUUCUACCUGAAUUUGAGAGAACAGAUGAUCGUGGUGAACGAUUGUUGACUGGAUUCGGUUAUGUUUCUAAGACGAACGAGUACAAGGUGGUUAGAAUGUAUGAAUUGUUGAAAGAACCCGAUUCUGUACAUGUUGAGGUGUACACCCUUGGAAGUGGCAAGGGAUGGAGGAACUUAGGGAAGAAAUUCGACAAAGACCUGGAUUCGUUUAUUUCUAUACGUGGCGGUGGCGUGGUUGGCAGUGGACUUGAAUCUAUUUGUUGGCAGCUGAAAACUGGCAAAGUUGUGAUUUUCGAAUUGUCUAGUGAAAUGAUUUACGAAAUACCUACAAAUUUUUACACUACUUGGGCUUAUAAGCUUGGGGUUUUAGGAGGUUGUUUGUCGGGUACUUAUUAUGAUAAAGAAACCGAUACUUAUGAGAUAUUGCUGCUGAAGAAGAAGACAGAAAAUGGGCCAUUCAAGUGGACUGAAGAGUUUAAGCUAAGCGGCAUGGAUGCUCAUGAAUGGCUUGCCCUCACGUCUAGGCGUGCACUUCUAUGUUGCUCAAAGACAAAGGUCCUAGUUCACGACCUAAAUUCUUUAUCUUCAAAACUGCUUGUGGAUUUUGGCAAGGAUAAACAUAUACAUCAAGCAAUCCCGCAUAUCAACACCUUGGUUUCAUUAAGAGCAUUAGGAGAAGAAAAUACAAAAACAAUGGAAACAGCUGACAUACCCAGAGAGGUACUUGAAGCAUACAAGUCCCAAUUUGAAAAACAGCAAAUGGUAAUAUGUGUUCAGCAGUAG